AUGGGUUUGGUUCGGGGUGUGGAUCAGGCCGGUCAGAUCGUGCGCUUCUUCGGGUGCCUCGGCGCCCUGUUGGGUGGCGCAAAGCUGGAGCAUCAGAAGGAGCUCAAGGAGGAGGAGGCCAAGAUCAAGAUCGAGAAGAAGGCCCCGCGGAAGCGAGAGGCUUCAGAGCCCCUGAAGCCCCGCAGGACCUCAAUGGCGGUAGGCGCUCUGGAGGCUCCAAAGCGCUCCGGCUCCGCCUCACGUCGGGCCACGGUGGCGUCCCCCAAAAACUGGGUGCCACCGGAGGAGAUGCUGGCCGAGAAGUUCGGCAAGUCAGAUGACAUCAGGGUGGACGAGGGCCGCCUUGAGGCGCCGAUCCGCCGCGUGAGCAAGACGGGCAUCGAGUUUAUUUGCCCUGAGCCAGCCAGCCCCAGCUCCCCCUCCUCGCCAGACGAGCGGGAGACGGUCUACAUUGAGGUGAGCGCACUCUUCGACAACAAGCUCGGGGUACGUCUCCGCAUGGAGGGCCUCGUGGUGAGCAACUUCGAUGUCCCUGAGGCCGCAGAAGUCGGCUGGAAGUUUGGGGACGAAAUCGUCGAGGUCAACCAUCGGCCCGUGUGCUCUCGAGAGGACUUCCGGCGGGAGCUGGCGGAGGCCAGGAAGCUGCUGCCCAUCGUCUUCACCGUGAAGCGUCAGCUUCAGACAGAGACCAGGGGCAGGAGAACAAUCGCCGGAGUUGGCGCCAAAGAAGUCAAGGAGGCGAAGGACAAAGACAGGCGCAAGAAGCGACAGAGUCACAGCGUGCCCGCACAUCGCCCAAUUGACACUGAGUGA